GGGAAAGAAGAAAGGAAACUUGACCCCGGGAGACAGGACACCAGGCAAAUUGCUGUCUAUCUUAGUUCCGCGUAUUCUUUACUACAUAAUUUAGAAUUUUCCACAAACCACCGUAAUUAAGAUCGAAUUCUUAGUACAGAGUCACAUGCAAUACUAAUCCAAACAAAAAUUCGUGCAACAUACGUUCCCGAAGACGGUAUCUUUAAAAGCAAUCAGCAAUGAGCCUUGUUUGAUCUCCUAGGCCUAUAAAUUAAGAAAAUCUUCUCAGCUUCUGCCUCAGCUUUCGAUGGCUUCUUCCAUUUCAAAAUUGUCAAUCCUCCUCUUUACUGUGUGCUUCUCUUCAACGUUUGCUCUAAACACUUCUUCAACAUCAUCUCUAAACUCCAAUCUAUCUUCCAUACGAAGUUUUUGCCAAACCACUCCAUACCCAGAUGCUUGUUUUGAUUCAUUGAAGCUUUCCAUUUCAAUAGAUGUCAGUCCCAAUAGAGUUAACUACCUACUUCAAACGCUCCACAGUGCGUUAUCUGAAGCUGGAAAGCUAACCAAUCUAUUCUCUAAUGCUGGAAGUGCUAAUAUUGUUGAAAAACAAAGAGGAACUAUGCAAGACUGCAAGGACCUCCACCAAAUCACACUAUCUUCCUUGAAUAAGUCAAUAUCCAGAAUCCAAGCAGGUGAUUCACGGAAGCUAGAUGAUGCAAGAGCUUAUCUGAGUGCAGCUCUCACAAACAAGGAUACAUGUUUAGAAGGAUUAGAUUCUGCUUCUGGUCCAUUGAAACCUACUUUAGUGAAAUCUUUGUUUAGUACUUACGAGCAUGUCAGUAACUCUCUUGCAAUGCUUCCUAAGUUAGGUCCUAAUAAAAAAGGCCAUCGAAAUCGUCGGCUCCUGGGAUUUCCAAGCUGGUUGUCAAGAAAAGCUCGCCGGAUUUUGCAAAGCACUGAUGAUGAAUACGAUCCGAGUGAAGUGCUUACUGUAGCUACCGAUGGAACUGGAAAUUUCAGUACCAUCACGCAUGCUAUAAACUUUGCUCCAAAUAAUAGUAAUGAUAGAAUAGUAAUCUAUGUUAGAGAAGGGAUUUAUGAAGAGAAUGUGGAAAUCCCAACCUACAAAACCAAUAUUGUUCUGCUUGGGGAUGGAAGUGAUGCCACUUUCAUUACGGGUAACAGAAGUUUUGUCGAUGGCUGGACCACUUUCAGAUCUGCGACUGUUGCGGUAUCAGGUGAAGGCUUUUUGGCUCGGGACCUGACCUUUGAGAACAGAGCAGGGCCAGAGAAGCAGCAAGCAGUUGCAUUAAGAGUAAACGCAGACUUCGCAGCACUGUACAGGUGCACAAUCAAUGGUUACCAGGAUACAUUAUGUGCCCACUCCUUUCGACAAUUUUACCGUGAAUGUGACAUAUCUGGGACCAUAGAUUAUAUAUUUGGGAAUGCUGCUGUGGUUUUCCAGGCAUGCAACAUAAUCUCCAGAAUGCCAAUGCCAGGUCAGUUUACAGUAAUUACAGCUCAAUCUCGAGACUCGCCAUAUGAGAACACUGGAAUUUCGAUACAGAGUUGUUCGAUUCUUGCCAGAGAUGAACUGUAUGAGAGUUCAAGCAACGUUAAAAGCUACCUUGGAAGGCCAUGGAGGCUGUACUCCACAACAGUUUAUCUUGAAUCCUUCAUUGAUGAUUUUAUCGAUCCUACCGGCUGGACUAAGUGGUCUAACGAUCAAGGCGUAGACACCCUUUAUUACGGGGAGUACAAUAAUUAUGGGCCAGGUUCGGGAACGGAUAAUCGAGUUGCUUGGCCUGGCUAUCACAUAAUGGAUUAUGAUGACGCCAAUAAUUUUACUGUCUCAGAGUUUAUUGCUGGUGGAGCCUGGCUGGAUUCCACUUCAUUUCCAUAUGAUGAUGGGAUUUGAGAUUUGAGCAAAAAUAUAACGGCCGUUUUGGUCAUUCUAGUCUAUUUCUAAUAAUAUUGUAAUGAGACUCUAGCCAAGGGGCCUACAAGAAGAUCGUGAAAGAUAUUGAAGGUAGCUAAGAGAACUUUACUUUACUUUACAGGAGAAAUCCAAAUGGAUCCCGAGUCUUGUCAUGUACUAGUAGGUUUCCAGUCUUCAGAGUUUAAAUUGUACUGUUAAACAGUCGAAAGUGCAAACUGCCAAGCAGAAAUGUCCAUGGCGAUUUUGUUGAACUUUACAUUGUUUUGAAUUAGCUUAAAAUUUUCUUCUUGGGGUGCUACUGCUGGUGAACAUAAUAGAACAUAGGAACCAAAAAUACGUAUGGCUGUCGUUUUUUUAUCUUUCAAAAAUUUUGUAAAAUUAUCAAAACGAUUUCCUCGAAGAUGUCACUAUAAAUAUCUGUCGGUAAGAUUCUGAGAUGCUUUCCUUGAGUAAAAAGCUGAUAAUAAUUUCGAAAAAGGAUUAACAAUGGU